UAUCCAUUAUUUCACCUGUUAAAGUAACAUGACAAAAAGGUAGAGACGUGUUUGUUAUCGUGUCCUGCUAUAGGCCUACUUUAGAUAGAGUGUUCUCAGUUAAAAAUGCUACUGAAGAAGUAGCCAAUCUUGCCAUUUUAAGCAUAGGCCUAUUCAGCAUAGUGUAAUUUUUGCUGUCGCAACACCUUCCUUAAUAGCAGAUACUUUUACAAGGGACUUAAAAUAGUUCAGCAGCUCAAACUAAAAGAUCAUGCCUCGCAUGUCAUUUAUGCUAAAUUAUUUGCCUAGUGGUCGAGUGCAUGGUCGCCACCCUGACAAAAUAUCUUUGUAUUCUUGUCGGAAACCUGAACACAGAAGCGGAAGUUGAAAUUUAGCGCCAACAGUUAAAGCUGAAAAUGGAUGUACGGAAAGUGAAGACCAAAGUUUCUUCGGGGUUCAAGAUGCGGGGAUUAAUGCUGCGACCGGAAGCCAGCAAGUAUUUAUUGGAAGUAUUGGAAUCUGUGAGUGAGACUGAUCUGAAUGAUGUCAUUGAACGCAUACUGGAUGCUGUGGAAAAACAGCCAUUAUCUUCUAGCAUGAUUGAACUGUCUGUCGUGGAGACAGCUGUGCAAGACUGCAGUCAGUCAUGUGAUGAAACUAUAGAUAAUGUUUUCAACAUCAUUGGAGCCUUCGAUGUUCCAAGAUAUAUUUACAGUUCAGAGAGGAAGAAAUUUGUACCUCUCAGCAUGACCACACAUCCAUCACCCAGCCUCUGUGGUGUGGCCAGGGACAAAGCUGAGCUUUUCAGGGAACGCUAUACCAUCCUACAGCAGCGCACUCACAGGCAUGAACUUUUCACUCCUCCUGUGAUCGGCUCAGCUCCUGAGGAGGGCAGAAAUAAGUUCCAGCUGAAAACGGUGGAAGCACUCUUGGGAAGCACGUCUAAGCUGGGAGAAGUCAUUGUCUUGGGCAUGGUAACACAACUGAAAGAGGGCAAAUAUUAUCUUGAAGAUCCAAGUGGCACAGUACAGCUGGACAUAUCGAAGGCACAGUUCCACAGUGGUCUUUACACAGAGUCCUGCUUCGUUCUUGCUGAAGGAUGGUAUGAGGAUUCAGUUUUCCAUGUAAAUGCUUUUGGAUUUCCACCGACUGAACCCUCCUCCACAACAAGAGCUUAUUAUGGAAACAUGAACUUUUUUGGAGGCCCCUCCACCACCUCAGUCAAAACCUCUGCCAAGCUGAAACAGCUGGAGGAAGAGAAUGAAGAUGCCAUGUUUGUCAUUGUGUCUGACCUGUGGUUGGACAAUGUAGAGGUCCUGGAGAAGAUUCACACUAUGUUUUCAGGAUAUUCAGCUAUGCCUCCCACCUGCUUCAUCUUCUGUGGCAACUUCUCCUCUGCACCAUAUGGAAGAAACCAAAUCAAAUCACUGAAAGAAUCAUUGAAAGCUCUUGCUGAUGUGAUCUGUGAAUAUCCAAACAUCCAUAACAGUAGUCGCUUUGUGUUUGUCCCUGGGCCUGAAGACCCUGGUCCCAGUGCAAUCCUGCCUAGGCCUCCACUGGCGGAACACAUCACAGAGGAGUUCAGACAGCGAGUGCCGUUCUCAGUGUUCACCACCAAUCCAUGCAGAAUCCAGUACUGUAGCCAGGAGAUCGUAGUGAUCAGAGAAGACUUGGUAAACAAAAUGUGCAGGAAUUGCGUGCGCCUGCCAAGUGGCAAUCUGGAUAUCCCAAACCAUUUUGUGAAGACCAUCUUGUGCCAAGGUCAUCUGAGUCCUUUGCCGUUGUAUGUCAGCCCAGUAUACUGGUCGUAUGACUAUGCGCUGCGGGUUUACCCUGUUCCAGAUGUCGUUGUCUUUGCUGACAAAUAUGACCCCUUCAACAUCACCAACACAGACUGUCUCUGUAUUAAUCCGGGAUCAUUUCCCAGAAGUGGCUUCACAUUUAAGGUGUACUACCCCUCUAAUCGAACAGCUGAGGACAGCAAACUUCAAGGACUGUAGCAGACCUGGCAAUUCAAUAUCUUGUUGUGUGACUACACUCUUGUAAAAUAUUUUUUUCUAGAAAUGUCUUUUUAAAAAUAUUCCAUUUGUUUUCAUGUCUGUUUUGUUGUUACUGUCAAUAAAGGUGUAU